CCUCCGUGUGUGUGUGUGUUGUCGCCAUGAGAGUGUAUCAUUUUUGCUGUGGUACUGCCACCUUCUUCCUUUGUGGUACUGCUACUCCAGCGGUCUCUCUCUCUCUCUCUCUCUCUCUCUCUGUAUAUAGGCCUCCCUUCCUCAUCACCUCGAGCUUCACCACCUAUAUACAAAGCGAGCGAGAGAGGCAGGAAACCAGUCGAUCGGUCCAUGGGGAACGCGGGGAGCAACGGCGGGGAGAAGGCGAUCGCGAGGGAGAUGGUGCUCAAGGUGGCCAUGCACUGCCGCUGCGAGGGGUGCACGCCCAAGGUGCGCUCCGCCGUGAGGAGCCUCACGCUGGCACGCGGCGUCGUGAAGGUGCUGGACCAGUCGGCGACGGAGGCCACCGAGGAGGUGAGGCUGCUGGCCACGGCGGACCCCGAGCGCCUCCGCAGGAGCCUCCACGAGGCCACCGGCAAGAAGAAGGUCGAUCUCGUCCUCAUCCCGCCCAACCCUGUCAAGCCUGGGCUCGUCGACGCCGCCCCCGACCCGCAGCGCCAGCCGCGGCCACCGGUCCUUCGUGAGCACGGCGGCAAUGGCAAGAGGAACCACCACCAGCAGCUGGAUCUCGGGGCGUACCCGUGCCCGCCCGCGUCCUACCACCCGGGCCAGCUGCCGGCCCCUCCUUCCGGAAUGUACGACGCGUACCCCGCCCCGGCGCCGUUCCCACCUGGGUAUUACUACUGCCCUCCCAGCGCGCCGCCGUGCCCCGCCGGCCACGGCUACUACUGAUCGAUGGAGCGGCCGAGCAGAGCUGGUCGCGCGAGCCGGAGACGAGCGCGUACGUACGCCAGACCACAUCACAGUCGAUGCUAUAUUUGUGAGAUCAAUCGUCUGAGACUUAAUGAAGUCUUAGUUGAUACUAUAUUUGUGAGAUCUUAAAUGAAUGAUCUAGCCAACUUAUAUAAAAAAUUAUUUCUUUUUUUA